AAAAGGACGCUGAUGUUUUCCCUGACCUGCUGGCAGAAAAAAAUGUAUGCAGACAGAUUUCCAGGUUUUUAUAGCGUCGUGAAAAUUGAACACUAUACGCAUUGAGCUAUCCUUUUCAUAAAAUCCAUGCAACAGAAAUCAAAGGCUACUGAUGUCCCGGUUGGUACUUUUGUCACCUAUUAUGGUAGGCCUGUCUGUUGUUUCAAAUGGGAUUGCACUGAUUUAUCGGGGAGGCACACUCUCUACCUUUCCAUUUCGUACGGCCCGGAAAGUCAGGGAAUCAUGGCAAACGAAUCAGAGCCCGGAUUUUACAGUUUCGGGAACAUCGCAUCUGGGAUACUGACUCACGUGUUGUGUAUUGUCUUCACUCUGUUUGUCACGGUGCUGGCAAAGCCUGGAACAAGUUUGUUUUCUUGGCACCCUUUCCUGAUGACUCUGGCAUUUUCCCUCUUCAUGACGGAGGCCGUGCUCGUGUUCUCUCCCCACUGCUCCCCCAUAUGGAAGCUUUCCCAUAAGACCAAGGGGCGUGUCCACUGGAUCCUGCAGUGCCUCUGUGCCAGCAGUGGCACCCUGGGCCUGGUGUCCAUCAUCUACAACAAGCACGUGAGCGGCAAGCCCCACUUCACCUCAUGGCACGGCCAGGUGGGCCUGGGGACGGCGUGUGUUGUCGGGAUGCAGUGUCUGGCGGCAUUGCCCCUCCUUUACCACUCUCUGGCCAAGGGCUGGUCCCUGGCUCGACUGAAACGCUACCACGCGGUGUCCGGCCUUGUCACCUACCUGCUUGGCAGUGCCAGUCUGCUCCUGGGCAUGUGCUCAGCGUGGUUCACCGGCACAGUGGGAGGUCAGGCUUGGUACCUGUUUGCCCUGUGCCCCGUGUUCAGCACUCUGGUUGUCAUGAGCCAAGUGUCUAAUACCUACAUGGCUAAGAAACGCCUGGUGUCCUAACUAGGCCUGGCCUGGCAUCCAACUCUAAGAUGAGACGACAACCAUGCAGGCUGCCUUAGAGUAACGGUGCCCUUAAGUACAUUAUUGCAGUUUUUUCCAUCCCGUUCGCUGCUGAGUUCUAGUUGGCAUUUCUACACGGAAGAUCGAAGUUCUUUGUGACAAUUUUGAAUAUUUUGCCUUGAGCUGUGAGGUCACUUUUGGGGUCCAGGUUUUGUAUCUGAGAAACAAGGAGAUUAAAGCCAGUUAUUUGUCUAAAACUCAGAAAUAACUGAUAUGUUAAUAUUGUACAAUGAUGUUGGAUGCAUGCAUGGAACUCCUUAAGGAGCUCAUUUACUUUAAUUUGCAUUGCCUUUUGUUUGAACAAACCAAUCCAACUGGUUUCUUAUCCAAAUGUGAUUCACUUGUCUCCUCAAAUGGCCUCAAAACCAGAGGACCAACCAUCUGAUAACAUUCUGCUACUUUUUGACAUUAAAUGCCAGCUAAAUAAGUUGUAUUAACUGAUGAGGCAUGUGGACUGACUGCAAUGAAGUUUCAGAAAGCUGUGCAGUAACUCCCUGUCCUUCAGUACUAAUUUAAUUUGCACAUUUGCAGUUUCAUUACCAAAUCAUACAGCUGUUAUAGUGGGCUUUCCAAAGAGUCCAGUUUAAGAGUUGAACCCAUUACUGGUCACUAUUGUCUUAUGAAUAUUUUAAUGCAAUAUUAAUAAAAUUACAUUUUGCAUAUUGGUAUUUAUCCAUUUGUAAAUAUAUUUACAGUUGGGUUAUUUAACAGACACUUAUAUUCAGUGUCCUUAAGGAAGGUUUAGGUAACGUUUUCCUUACUGGAUCAACGUUCUAAACACUAGGCCCGUGUUUCCUCAGUGUUCAGGCCGGUGUGUGGGGGUGAACACUUGCAUCUAAAUUAUGAUCUACAAAGAAUUACUUUUAAUUUACUUGAUUACAGGUUAAAAGCAUAAUGUUGCAUCCCUUAAUUUCUGCUCUAGACAUCGAAGUUCUCACUUGUGACUUUAGUUGGGUAAUGUAAUUGGGGUUUGGGAUGUGCCCACAAAAUAAUGGGGGAGAUUUAAGUGAAUAGAUUUAGGAUCCACUGCACCAUGCUAUAUAUGUAACACCCCCAUCCCCCAAUUAAAAACACUGAUGGAAACAUAGAAAGCUCAUAAAAACGACAGUGCAAUUAUACACAGUUGAAAUGAAGUAAUAAAUAACGCAAGAGAAGUGUUUUAUUCACUGUUAAAAUAACAUUAAAGAAGUAACACAGUCAUUUUCUGCUCUCUAUGCUGGAUACACGGGGAAACUGCCCAUAUCUCUCCGUCUGAUCCACUGCCCUCUCGGUCCGCACCACUGACCUGCUCUUUCAAGGACUCUGGUAAAAAGAUCAAUGUGGACAAACAGGUCAUAAAAAAAA